UACAUGAAAGAGCUUAAGGAAUGCUCAUGAACCAAAAUAUAUUAGAAAUAUCAAGCCCGUCGUUACUCUUGGCGGAACCCCAUCUCCUGUCACUGCCCCUUCAUCAAUUGCCUCCUAUAUAACUUAUAAGAGCAGUCUAUUGCAUCCCCAAGAUUAUAAUUAUUUUUCUGAAAAGAAAAUUCAAAAGCUCAAAAGUCAAAAGUCAAAAUUAUCUACCUCCUUUGAUCUUUCCUUCCAUCGCCAGAGAACUGAGACAAACAGAGAGUGAAGGAACAACACAUCCGCCCUCCCCCACUUUCAAAAUUUUUGAUUUAUUUUCAGCAAUUGAGAAUUGAAAAUGUGUGGGAUAUUUGCUUAUUUGAAUUACAACGUGCACAGAGAAAGAAGGUACAUUCUUCAGGUUCUCUUCAAUGGCCUUCGUCGUCUCGAGUACAGAGGCUACGAUUCCGCUGGAAUUUCCAUCGACAACGACGUCGCAUUUUCUCGCGAUCCGAACACCCCUCAAUCAUCCUCCAACCCCUCUCUCUUCCCUUCCCCACUUGUUUUUCGCCAGGAAGGAAACAUCGAGUCCCUCGUCAAAUCCGUCUACGAAGAGGUAGCUGCAACAGAGUUGAAUUUGGAGGAAUCCUUUUCUAUCCAUGCUGGGAUAGCACACACCCGGUGGGCUACCCAUGGGGAGCCUGCUCCAAGGAAUAGUCAUCCGCAGACUUCUGGUUCUGGAAAUGACUUCUUGGUUGUUCACAAUGGUGUUAUCACUAAUUAUGAGGUCUUGAAAGAGACCCUGGUUCGACAUGGAUUCACUUUUGAAUCUGAAACAGACACGGAAGUAAUACCAAAGCUUGCCAAAUUUGUUUUUGACAAAGCAAAUGAAGAAGGUGACGACGCUGUCACAUUUAGUCAAGUAGUGCUUGAGGUUAUGAGGCAUCUUGAGGGAGCUUAUGCUCUCAUUUUCAAAAGUCGGCAUUAUCCAAAUGAGCUUAUUGCUUGCAAACGUGGUAGUCCAUUGCUCUUAGGUGUCAAAGAAUUAAAUGAAGGUGUGUGCAAUGCAUCGGCAUUUCAUGAUGCUAAGUUUCUGUCAAAGAAUGGCAAUCCUAAGGAACUUUUUCUAUCAAGUGAUGCGAAUGCUCUUAUUGAACACACAAAGAAAGUUCUGGUUAUCGAGGAUGGGGAAGUAGUUCAUCUCAAGGAAGGGGGUGUAUCAAUCCUAAAAUUUGAUAAUGAAAAAGGAAGAAAUGGUGGUAGUCUUUCUAGGCCUGCAUCAGUGCAACGUGCAUUAUCUAUUCUUGAGAUGGAGGUUGAGCAAAUAAAUAAGGGAAAAUAUGAGCAUUAUAUGCAGAAAGAAAUUCAUGAACAGCCAGAAUCUUUAACAACUACAAUGAGAGGGAGGCUUAUACGUGGAGGUUCCUGUAAAGCUAAGACUGUUCUUUUGGGUGGAUUGAAGGAUCACCUUAAAACAAUUAGGCGUAGCCGAAGGAUUGUGUUUAUUGGUUGCGGUACAAGCUACAAUGCUGCUCUAGCUGCUAGACCCAUCUUGGAAGAACUCUCUGGGGUGCCUGUUACAAUGGAAAUUGCUAGUGAUCUAUUGGAUCGGCAAGGUCCUAUAUACAGAGAGGAUACAGCAGUUUUUGUCAGUCAAUCUGGUGAAACGGCUGAUACAUUGCAUGCCCUAGAAUAUGCUCUGGAAAAUGGUGCAUUAUGUGUUGGCAUAACAAAUACUGUUGGUAGUGUAAUAGCACGGAAGACACACUGUGGGGUUCAUAUAAAUGCUGGAUGUGAGAUUGGUGUUGCAAGUACCAAGGCAUAUACAAGUCAAAUAGUAGUGAUGGCCAUUUUAGCUCUGGCAAUUGGAGGUGACACAAUUUCUAAUCAAGAGAGAAGGGAGGCUAUAAUAGAUGGUCUAUUUGACCUGCCAAACAAAAUCAGGGACGUGUUGAAGCUUGACCAGGAAAUGAAGGAUCUUGCAAAGUUAUUGAUCGCUGAGCAGUCACUUCUUGUCUUUGGGAGAGGAUACAACUAUGCAACUGCUUUGGAAGGUGCUUUAAAAGUGAAGGAAGUGGCUCUUAUGCACAGUGAAGGGAUACUUGCUGGUGAAAUGAAACAUGGUCCCUUAGCAUUAGUUGAUGAAAAUCUUCCAAUUGUUGUGAUUGCUACCCGUGAUGCUUGCUUCAGCAAGCAGCAGUCAGUUAUUCAGCAACUUCAUGCCCGCAAAGGUCGCUUAAUAGUAAUGUGUUCAAAAGGGGAUGCUGCAUCAGUGUGUUCUGGAGGAGCCUGUCGAGUAAUUGAAGUUCCCUACGUUGAGGACUGUCUUCAACCUGUGGUUAAUGUAGUUCCAUUACAGUUACUGGCAUAUCACCUCACUGUUCUAAGGGGAUACAACGUUGACCAGCCUCGGAAUCUUGCAAAGAGCGUGACCACACAGUGAGGAAUGUCUACUGAUGAACUCCCAUCCACGCUCCUCUGUAAAUUAUUAGAGUGGACGCAGUAUGCAUUCUUUUACCUCCUUUUGUUUUUCCUUCUUGAGAUUAUUUGCAAGAUGAAUGGGGUAUAAUUGAAUGAAAGCAAAGACGGUUGUAUGCUGAUACUGCGAUAUGAUGAACAAAAUGACAAUCUUAUGUACUUGGGGAAGAUAAACAAAUACAUAAGAAAAUUGCAUUGCAUUCUGGGACAUCCUUAUAUGGAAUAAAGUAGGAAGAAAUGCCUGGACUUAGAAAUAGCAUCAUGGAAUACUGUGACAUGAGGCUCGGUGGAGGAGAUUGAACUAUAUUUUACAUCUUGGUGGUUGUGGUGUUUGUUGAACCAAGAACAAAAUCACAACCUUUCAGUGGCAAAAUCAAAUGCCUGUGCAAGUAUGUAUAGGCACAGCUUGAAAUCAAUAUUCAAAUUCCUUUGUCAGCACA